AUGUACGACCCAUUCUUGGACAGCUUCAACGAGUCUCAAACUCUGCAACCACCAAUGGCUCCGAGGAGAUCACCAUCACCGGCCUUGCUCGACAAACAACUCGACGAACAUGCAGUAAACUCGCCACCACCGACGACAACGACAUCUACAAACAUAUCUCCCGGUGUAAAUGAACUAUUUGAUCCUUUGAGUGCUGCCUCGCAUUCCAUCCAACCCUCGCAGGUUCCGCAGGCGGUGGCGUCAAGCCCAGCCGCGCAAGCUGACCGAUCAAAGCGAAGACCAACACUUUUAGCCAUUUCUACUCCGUCUAAUCCUCCUCCUAUGAUAUCCUCAGACCCAUUGGCCGAUCUCCUUGGCCAAAAUGACCCGAAUGAUCCUCCAUCCCGCCCAAAGCCACCACGUCGUUUCUCAACAACACCUCUAUUUCAACCGCACUUACCAUCUCAUGCGAACAAGCCGAACGCGACCACGGUGUCGCCAUAUACUUCCCAACCUCCAUCGACUGUACGACCGACAAACCAUGGCCGUACUAUAUCCACAGGAUCAGACGACUUUGGGACCUUUGUCGCUGUUCCCGCCUCGUCGGACCCUCUAUCCUCUUCCACUCCCCUUUCAACCAUCCCAUCCGCGUCGACCCUCUCAUUCAACGAAACCGCGCCGCUAAAGCCUACACCAAUUCGCAAUGAUUUCACUAUCGCAGCACAACAACGCCAUGAAGAGAAUGCAUCUCGAAUCUUGGGAGAAUUCGCCCGGAGCGAAUCGACCAAUGGCGACUUUUUAGGAUGGCUCGACGACUUGGAGUCUACAGGUGGUUCUCAACAACAGGUAAAGGAACAGGAGAAACAUCUCAAACGAGAGGAGGGUCCUCCAAGUCCACCCGCCACACCGACAGAAGGCCCUCCGCCAAAAAUGAAGACGCCUCGCCGUCACGUAGCCUCGCCAGAGCAAGCGACACCGUCAUCCGACUCGAACGGGGUUGGCUCGUACUUUGCCGGUACCAUUCCUCGUCGAAUAACCAGCUUCUUAACCAGCAACGUGGUCCCGGCUGUUCAAGCAGGUGGCCUAACUCAGGUGCCAAACGCACCAGACGAAGGCUUAGAGGAAUCGGGUGACCCCCGCGCAAUAUUCGCCCUACCGACCAGCUCCAGUGUCGCUCGUCUUUCUUCCAUCCCUCACUCCAACUUUCCGGGGAGCAAUCCACCAUCCGCAAAAGCGAUUCCAGAUGACUUUGUCCAGCACAAGACGCCGUUUGCGUCGACCAAAUACCUCCCACCUUCUGGCGCUCCUGGCUACGGAGGCGAAAGUGGCUGGGAUACGGGUGGAUUCGCUGCAGAUUGGGAGGAGAGUGAGCGACCAUUUGCCAUUGCUGCUGCAAAGGCGGGUCCACAGAUUCUAAAACUACCCCGGAUACUGAACCUCGUCGGUCGGAAAGAGGAAACUGCAGGCGUCCUUACCCACGCUCUAGGUGAUGUACUGCGACUACGGCUGCCGGCACUUUCCCGUUUAUGCACAACUUGGACUCUACUUUACUCGCUAGAUCAGCAUGGUAUAUCUCUUCACACCUUUUACCACCUAUCAAGCGUCAGUGCUAGUUCCUUGAACAAGGUCAGCGGCGGCCGUAAGGGUGCCCUUCUAAUCAUUCGGGACUCGCUCGAUGGAGUCUUCGGCGCAUGGGUCGCAGAAGGCAUUCGCUUGAAUCACACUGGGGAAGGUCACUUUGGAGGAGGAGACUCGUUUCUCUGGCGAACAAAGAGUCACAUUCCAGAUCCAGCAGCCGAGAAGCCAGAGGACCCAUCUCCAAUCGUUGAUUUUUACCAGUGGACAGCUAGAAAUGAUUAUGUGGCCUUUUGUGACCCGACUUUCAUGUCUAUCGGUGGAGGAGACGACGGCAAGACGGGACUGUUCAUCUCUUCCAGCUUAUUGGAAGGCUCAAGCGCGCGCUGCAUCACGUUCAACAACGAUAUCCUUUGCGCCGAGGAGACAGACGAGGCGGCGGUGGAGAUGCGUAUAGAGGGUCGGACAGCCAAAUUUGAGAUUAUCGGGUUGGAAGUUUGGGGCCUCGUAGCAAGUUGA